AGAGAACAGUUAGAUACAGACAGCAGCAACAAGCAGAGGAACUACCUGCACAGUGCUUUGGGAAAGAAAGAAGAAACGGUUACAACCAUGAAAGGCAUCCACUCCCUGGCUGGCGUCCUUUUCGUCCUCGGCUUUGUCCAGAGCAGCUGGCAGGUUCCUCUGACGACGGCCGACGACAGCUCAAGUUUCGAGGCAGAUGACACACUAGUGGAUGAGCUGAGGGAGCUGUCGAACAUGAAGAGACACUCGGAGGGAACUUUCUCAAACGACUACAGCAAAUACCUUGAGGACAGGAAGGCGCAGGACUUUGUUCGGUGGCUGAUGAACAACAAGAGGAGCGGCGCCGCAGAAAAGCGGCACGCAGAUGGGACCUUCACCAGUGACGUGAGCUCCUACCUCAAGGACCAGGCAAUCAAAGACUUUGUUGCCAGGCUCAAGUCUGGACAAGUCAGAAGAGAAUCUGAAAAGGACAGGUGGGGUGAAGCAUUCAGCAGGAGGCAUGUAGAUGGAAGCUUCACCAGUGAUGUGAACAAGGUGCUUGACUCCAUGGCUGCGAAGGAAUAUUUACUCUGGGUCAUGACCUCCAAGGCCUCCGGGGAAAGUCAGAAAAGACAAGUGGACCAAUGAGACACUCCUCACGGAACCCCUCUGUGCGCUGCACACAAAGCCAUAUACGGGAGGAAGAGAAAGCCAUACUGCUUUGCAUAUCGUAGUGUCCAAACUAUAUUUAAACUUGUCAGUCUUUUUUUACUUCAUUACUGUAUGUGUUGCAAAGAUACAAAAACUGCUACUCUCCUGUAGUGGUUACGGUGCACCACAGAGAAGAAAUGAAAUUGAGGCCAUAUUUUUUUCUACAAAAUUUAAAUUAUUUUCUAUAUUUUUAAGGUGAAAACAAGAACACAAAAAGUCAAAUCUCAGGUAGGCAAAUAGAAAACACAUGUAGUGUAGUUGGUUUUCAUUGAUGU